AUGCAUUUGAAGCCGCGUUCUCCUGGACAUCUCUUUUCACUGAUGUCGAGACUUUUGAUCACCUCGUCAACAUGCUUCCCCGAAUUCCAAGGUAUGAAUGAAGGAUAUCAACUCCAACGAGCUGUGGUUAGGCUUCAGCUCAAAGACAAGUUGGAUAUCCUUGUACGUGUUUUGCAGUAUGGCAAAGAGAAAUAUGGGAGAUUGUCGCUGGACAAGCAGGAUGCAGAUACCUUUCGCCGUAUCACCUCGCCUCAUCAACAUCACAAUCAACAAAUGGCUUUGGGAAUCUUGCUUGGACAGCCAAUAACCGCCACUCUUACAACCGAUGAACAAACCUUGGAAACACUUCGAGUCCUAGUAGAAGAUUACGAUUUCAAUGUAAACUAUAGCAGGUUUAGCGUCACAACUGGUAUUACUUCUCUCGACGUCAAUGAAGGAUAUCGUGUCUUUCUGACUGCCAUUCAAACCUCGAACGCUCGCUUGACAAAGUCAUUAUUGGACUAUGGUGCAUCAACUCACAUGGCCAAACCAAUAAGUAUCACCAAUCAGCGACGUGGAUUGUAUGGAGCCGAUAUGAAUGCCUUCUUCAUGGAUCGUGCUAGGUUGACCGAUUUCCCAAACCCUAUAUCAUAUGUGAACUACUUUCCUGCUGACUUGCGACCAUAUCUACGUGACUCUGCUGAUGCGCUGAUCAUGGCUGUGCAUGUCAAGAAUGUGGAGAUUACUCUAGCGUUGCUAGAGCACGAUUUGGAACGCUGGGAUGAUGCUGAAGGCGGGCUUGUGUUGAAACAGGCAUUGCAGCUUGCUGUUGAUGACAAUUGGGCCGAUGGAAUACCUAUAAUUAGAGGGUAUAUCAACGAGAAAGAUCGUGAACAAAAGGUUAAAAAGUCACCGUCGGCACUCAAGAAGCUACUUGUAGACGCAGUAGCUACUGACAAUCUCGAGGAGGUCAAGCGUCUGAUCAAACAGGGCGCUCGCUUUGAAACUCCUGCUACAAGCGACAUCUUUUACAGGUCGAUUGAUAUCUUUAGGAGCAUCGUGCGUGGUCGCAAAACAGACAUCUUGGCGUAUCUUAUCAAGAGCAACUAUCCCGGUCUGGAUCAGUUUCGACUGGGAGAAAUGCUGAUUCAGGCCGUCGAAUCGUCCAACAUGGAUAUAGUCAAUUUGCUUUUGUCUCAAAAGACCCGCAGGCCUAAAAUCUAUGAGAAAACCAUUCGUCGUGCAAUGAUCAAGGGAAACUUUGAAGCUUUCUCCGCCCUUCUGAAACUUUUAAAGGAGCAAGAACCCUUCAAUGUCAUUGCUGGUUGGAGGUCGCUUCUUCGUGUCGCUGAGAAACGAAAGUAUGACAGGAAGGACCCAGAAGGAUUCUUUCUGUCGCGUCUUCAGAACUUGGAAAAGGAAAUCAUGGCCAAUCGAGCCGAUAGGAUCAGCAAGGCUAGAAAAGGCGUCAAAAUGGCCAUCGUGUCUGAUGAUGAAGAUCUUGCAUCAGAUGAUGAAGAAGAAUUUGUAGAUGACGAGGAGCAUAUGGAAGACGAAGAAUCAGAAGACGACGAAGCAGUAUACACGCAGACACAACAAAAACAACAUGCAAUUGCGGCCGAGUCUGAUGCAGAAUCAGAUUUCGAAGAAUCCAAUGCAUCAGCAUCCAAAACCUUGAAAUACGCUGCACCGACUCGUGUCAUAUCGACACGACCGAAACGUAAUGCCAUCAAGAAAUUCGAAACGCUAGAUCUUGACUCGAUGGCUGAUGAAGAUGAUGAGGAUGACGCAGACAUGACGUCUAUCCCACGUGUAUCAGCUCAACAUAGCGAUGAUGACGACGUACUGUCCGAAGUGGAGGAAGAGGAAGAAGACGAUCAUGAAGUAAAGAAACGUCGUAAAGCUAAAGGAAAGCAGCCAGCUGCUUCAUCUAAUCGUGCUUCAUCUAGUAAACGUAGUAGGAGGGCUGUUGUUGAAGAGCAUUAUGACGAUGAGGAGGAGGAAGAGGAAGUAGUGAAACGUAAACGUACAAGGAAGAGCAAAUAG